UUAUAACAAUCUUAUUCUUUCCAGGUUUCAAGGAAAAUGUGAAGAAACAAAUCCAGCCCAUAGAAACUCAGAACAAAUUUCUUUUCCGUUUGUGGAUAGCCAUCAUUGCAUGUCUUGUCUAAGACUGGCUUGAACCAUAACCAUGACGCAGCAGAUACACAGCUACUCUGGUCAGAGCUACGACCGGUGGGUGGAACGCAACUCCAACAGUUCUGCAUUUGGGAAAGUCCAGAAGCAGUUCUGGUUCACAAAGAGCGCUGUCAUCCGUAAACUUGGAAAGAAGGAGGAUGAGCAUGUGGUUGCUUCAGAUGCCGAGCUUGAUGCUAAAAUUGAGCUCUUCAAGGCCAUUGAAUCCAGCACUAAAGAUCUUCAGGUACUGUUGGCUGAUUACCAGAAUAAGAUUUGCAUUAUGGCCCAAGAGGAAAAUGCAAUGGGACGACUCUUGAAGGAAUAUGGAAAGCAAGACCGGAGCAGAGCUGGGAAGAUGAUGACAGCUGUGGGUAAGAGCCUGAGCUACACAGCACAGCAGCGAGUUGCCCUGAGGAACCCUCUCGUAAGAUUAUUUCAGGAGGUUGACACUUUCCACACCCGAGCUGUAGAAGACACGCUAAUCACAGUAACCGAGAUGGAAAAGAUCCGCACUGAGUACCGUGGAGCACUGAUGUGGAUGAAGGACAUCUCUCAAAACUUCAACCCUGACCAGUACCAUCAGUUGGAGAAAUUCAGAGAAGUUCAAGCUACUGUCAAGCAGAAGAAGGCUAAGUUUGACAGACUCAAACUAAAAAGUCUACAGAAGGUUGAUCUCCUAGCUGCCUCUAGAUGUAACAUGUUCUCUCAUGCCCUCAUUGUUUAUCAGAAUAAUCUUAUCACCUUUUCUGACAAGACCUCCAAGACCCUGAACAAUGUAGCGAACAACUUCAAGGGCUAUCAGCCGUAUGAUUUUCAGGUGAUCAAGGAGCUUGCAGAACCUCCACGAAGACUGGAAGAUGAUGCUAAGGAAGAGGAGGAGAAUUAUAAACUGGAUGAAGAUGAUAACACUUUCUUUAAUGCAGAAUAUCAUGAUGAUCCAGACAAGAAAAAGCAACAAAAUAGAGAGAAACAAGGGAAUAGGAGAACUAAUAAAAAGGUCAAUGGUGAGAAGAAAUCUGACAGUCUGUUGAAUCUCUUUGACUGUGCUGAUGGAGAAAAGAGUGAGGAGCUUGUGUCCCUUGGGCAAGUAGACAGAGAAGCUCCUCCAAGCUCAAAGGACAAGGAAUCCGAUUCCUCCACUUCACAAAUUAUGGACUUCCUCACAAAUAAUCCAGAAGUGCCUGAUACAGAGAAGGAUACACAACAGAUGUUGAAGGAAUUGUUUGACAGCCCAGUCCACCAAUCACUUCCUGUCUUUGGUAGCACAGAAGUAGCUUCUGGUGCUGCAAUAACCCCUACCAAGUCAAACGUGGAUGGUGGUCUUCUCCAAGGUUUAAAUGGCCUGGAGAGUGACCCUUUCAGUUUACUUCAGAAUCAGUCUAAUCAGCAAAUGCAAAAUAUGUUCCUCCCAUCACAGCUGCUUGACUUUGGCAUGCAGAGUUGGCAACAAAACACCGCUCAUAAUACACCCAACCAACCUGGAGUUGCACAGGCUAAUGUAAGCAACACUAAGGGUUCAUCUCCAGCUAAUUCCUUGUCACAAUCCAGGCAUACUGCAGGUGGAGCCCAUUCCGCUCCUUCCUUGAAUGCAGCGCAGAAGCAGGAAGCUAGCAAGUUAGAUUGGUAUAAGGUGUUUCAGGAUAUUGACCCACUUGCUGACCCAGCAAAUGCAAUCUUCAGCCAAGCCUCUCAUGAUGACAAGAAAUGCUAGUUCUUUGAGUUGUUUUAUAGAAUAUUAUUUUCACUUACGAAGAAGAGAAUUUAUUCUCACAUGAUUAACUUAGAAUUUGCCAUUUGGAUUUAUCAAAAUUAUUUGUCCUACAUUUAAGUGACAGAGAUAUUAUUCAGAAUUAUAUUUUCAUUCCAUGUGGAAAUGCUGCUCUUGUAGGUAGAUGUAAGAAAGUCCAUAAAACUGUUCUGAUAAACUUGAUAGUAUCAGAGAACAGUUCCUGUUGGCAUAUAUUUCCUAAUAUGGUAUGUUCAUAUUUUAAGGCUUCCAGGUAUGAUUUUUAGUCUGGUGCAAUGAUAAUUUUCCCCCACUAGUCCUUUUAACCAAAACAUGAUUGGUCAGCUUUCUAGUCAUUUACAGUAUACACAGUAUAAAUGUAUUACCUAUCUGAAGUUAUUGCAAAUGGAAGACUUUGAUAGACAGUGCUGGGGAUAUAACAGUACUUUCAAGGGAAUUAGUACCUGGUAGUAUGUAAUAUUUUUACUUUGAGGCCAGUAUGAUUUUUUUCUCCUUUUGAAAGAAAAAUGAUGUUGCAAAUACCCUUUUUUGUACUUCUUUAAACAAUUUACCUUUAUUAGCUACUUUUACUUGCAGGUUCCUUUACCAAGCAUUUUUCAGUCAUACCAUUUGUUAUGUAUGCUUAUAGGUGUCCUCAGUAAAUAUGUGUUUUAACAUGAAGAUGUGGGUCUUGUAUAUCAAGAGGAUUAUUGGAGAGGAUAGAUGGAAAAACAGAUGAAAGUAAGUUAUGUAGACUGGCUUAUUUAGAAGCUCUCAUAGCCAUCUUGCAUUUGCCUAUCAAUUGAUUUUGCUACCAAAUCAAUAGAUUUGUUAUACUGACAGUGUCUUCCUUAUUCUGAUUCUGCCUAUAUUCAUAAAAUCACAGUGACAGUUUCUAGAUUUGGAAGGUGACUGUCUUUAGAAGUACCAGUUCCUCACAAUAAAUUAAUCACUAUGUUUAUAGACUUGAAUCACACUCUCUUAACCCCCACCAGUUUGGCCUCAAUACAAGCCCUCAGAACUUUGAAACUUGUGUAAUGGUUCAUAUACUGAUGUGGCUGCCAUGUUCAUGUUAUGUGAUCUGAAUCAGAUAUCAUGGUUAGAGGGUAAUUGGAGAAAGGAAUUAUGUUUUGAUGCUAUGCUUUCUUUGCCUGUGCUUAUGUAAAGUUAUCUCACGUGUUCUCAAGCUAACUAUACCAAUGUUUAUUACCAAAUGAUACAGACUUUUCUGAACAUAAUUUCUUAAUCACAAAAGAAAAAGCUUUGUUGCUACAUCAGCAGCUUGACCCUUAGGUGCAAUAUUCCAAUUUUUAGUGCUAACUUGAGUUGUCUAGCACUUCAGACAGAAUAAGGCUUAUGCGAGAGAUACUUGCCUUUUAUUUUUUCAUAAUCCAUGUUUGAUUUGAAAUAAUUCAUCGUGGGUGAAUGAAUUAUAUGGAAAUAUUUUUAGGUUGUUGUAUGCUAGAUUUUAAGGUCAAUGUGUUGUAAUUAUGAAAGGUGGUUAUAUAGACUUAGGGAUGAGUGAAUUUUGGCAAGGAGAUAUUUAAUAUGCUAUGGCAUGUGAAGCAUGUCUCCUUAAAACCUAGAUAUCAUAAUGCAUUUUAUGUUCAUCAGUUUCAGUGAUUUUGAUAUUUAUCAAAAUUUCAGUAUGGUAUGGGUCUACUUUAUUUAUAAAUUAAUAUUGGCCACUGUAUAUGGACAUGUAAUAUGAUAUACUUUUGAACAAAUAUGGGUUUUUACCGAACAAAAAUAUAGCAAAUUGUUUAGGAUCAUCAGAACAAUAUUGAACACAAAAUAUUAAAUGAUUUUAAGAGUGUUGAAUUACCUUAUAUUACAUACAUUAUGUAAAUUUGUGACUUAAUUUCCUGUAACUUCAUCUCGUAUUUGGAAGGGCAUUCUCAUUGUAUACUGACAUUAGCGUUGAAGCAAAGAAUUUUCUUUCAGAGGAAACAGUAAUGCUCUCACAGUAGCCAUGCAGUGGAAAGGUUCCACUUACAAAGGAUAUGGAUUAAGUACACCAGUCAGUGUACUUAUCCCAUGGUCAUAUUUAACCCUCAGGUUUAUAUGAAUGUUUGUAAUUUAGAAUGACCAGUUUUCAUCUGAGAGUGCAAUGCAAAAGAUGGGAUGCGGUUGUUGCAAGCCAUUCAUUGAUCCUAGCUUUGGAUAGGCCAUCUUAAUUUCCCUUCGUAGGCUGUUUGAUUGUUAAAGGUCUGUGAAGUGGCCGUUUUGAUUCUUUCAGAUGCAGGUAGAUUUGUUAUUAGAUUAUUUUGUUAAUGCUUGUGCAAAAUGUAUUCUUUUUUGCAGUUCACUUUAUUAUUGAGAAAUCUUCAAACCAUGACUUUUUCACAGAUGAAGCUAUAUUGAUAAAGUUAUAGUGUUGCUUUAUUUUACAUUGUUGGUAAUUUUAAGGAAAGAUUACAAAAGCUAGUCUUAGUUUUGAAACUGAAUUAUCUCAGAAUUGCAGUAUUUUCAGCCAUGCUUUAUUUAUUGAUUUUAGUACCAGAGCCAAAGUAUGAUGCAUUCCCCCUCCUAUAUUGUAAAGUGUAUGUGAACUAUCUGUUAUCAUUGUCUUAUCUUUCAUUUUCUUUCUUGAGAAAGAGUUCAGUUCAGCCUGCUUCAGGAAUUCCCACAGAUACAUCUCCACUGUAUAUAUAUAUAUAAGUGUGUCAACUCCCAUGGAAGCCAUGAUCAUGGAUAAUUAACGACAGGUAGGCAGCCUAGUCUGUGUUGUCCAAUGACAGGUGCUGCCAGACUCACAGACUGUCUCUUGGGUACUAGAUGUCUGUGGCAAGAAAACUGUUUCCAACUCCUUCCAAAAACUAUUUAAGCCUUCUUUGUUUAUGUACAAGAUGCUGCCAGAUGUAUGUAUGUUUCUCAUAUUAAAGAAUGUUUAAUAUAUA